CCCUGGGCUCCGGCAGCAUAGUUUGUCUUGGAGUCAACAUUCUCGCGUCCCGGUCUUCCCCCGACCCAAUGGAAGAGGACGAUGAGGAAGCGCGGGCACUGCUGGAAGGCGGCCCCAAUGAGGCUGGCAGAGGUGCCCCGGCCGUCUCGGCUGUCCCCGGAGCGCUGCCGGCCCUUUGCGACCCUAGUCGCCUGGCGCACCGGCUUUUGGUGCUUUUGCUGAUGUGCUUCCUAGGCUUCGGCAGCUAUUUUUGCUAUGAUAAUCCUGCUGCCCUUCAGACUCAGGUUAAAAGGGAUAUGCAGGUGAAUACGACGAAAUUCAUGCUGCUGUAUGCCUGGUAUUCUUGGCCCAAUGUAGUUUUGUGUUUUUUUGGUGGCUUUUUGAUAGACCGAGUAUUUGGAAUACGAUGGGGCACCAUUAUUUUUAGCUGCUUUGUUUGCAUUGGGCAGGUGAUUUUUGCUCUGGGUGGAAUAUUUAAUGCUUUUUGGCUGAUGGAAUUUGGAAGGUUUGUGUUUGGGAUUGGUGGGGAGUCCUUAGCAGUUGCCCAGAAUACAUACGCUGUGAGUUGGUUUAAAGGCAAAGAAUUAAACUUGGUAUUUGGACUCCAACUUAGUAUGGCUAGAAUUGGAAGUACAGUAAACAUGAAUCUCAUGGGAUGGCUGUAUUCUAAGGUUGAAGCUUCGUUGGGUUCUGCUGGUCACACAACCCUUGGGGUCACACUUAUGAUUGGGGGUAUAACAUGUAUUCUUUCACUAAUCUGUGCCUUGGUUCUCGCUUACUUGGAUCAGAGAGCAGAGAGAAUCCUUCAUAAAGCACAAGGAAAAACAGGUGAAGUUAUUAAGUUAACUGAUGUAAAGGACUUCUCCUUACCCCUGUGGCUGAUAUUUAUCAUCUGUGUCUGUUAUUAUGUGGCAGUGUUCCCUUUUAUCGGACUCGGAAAAGUUUUCUUUAUAGAAAAAUUUGGAUUUUCUUCCCAGGCAGCAAGUGCUAUUAACAGUGUUGUAUAUGUCAUAUCAGCUCCCAUGUCCCCGAUAUUUGGGUUCUUGGUGGAUAAAACAGGAAAGAACAUCAUCUGGGUUCUUUGUGCCGUGGUGACCACUCUUGCUGCCCAUGUCAUGCUGGCCUUCACGCUGUGGAACCCUUGGAUUGCUAUGUGUCUCCUGGGACUCGCCUAUUCGUUGCUUGCCUGUGCAUUGUGGCCAAUGGUGGCGUUCGUAGUUCCUGAACAUCAACUGGGAACUGCGUAUGGCUUCAUGCAGUCCAUUCAGAAUCUUGGGUUGGCGAUCAUUUCCAUCAUUGCUGGCAUGAUACUGGAUACUCGGGGCUAUUUGUUUUUAGAAGUUUUCUUCAUUGCCUGUGUUUCUUUGUCACUGUUAUCUGUGGUCUUACUCUAUGUGGUGAAUCGUGCCCGAGGGGGGAACCUAAAUUAUUCUGCAAGACAAAGGGAAGAAAUAAAACUUUCUCAUGCUGAAUGAGAAGCUUAAAUGACUGUGUCAUGAGAAUGGGCUGCACACACAUCAUUGGUUUGAAAACCUCACUUUUUUUUUUUUAAUCUAGAAUUUAGUCAGGAAAAAUAAUGGUCUGGAAAUAUAUAUUUAUAUUUCAAAAGCACCUAUUUCAAAGUGUAUUUGUGAGGACUAUUUUAGCUUGUGUCUUAUGUACUGUGUAUUGCUAAAGAAUUCUACUUUGGAGUAGGCUAAUCAGUGAAGUUUAGAAAGUUUCUCUGGAAUAUGCAGGUGAAUUUCAGUAAGGACAGUAAAUAAUGGAAAACUUGGAUCUUGUACUGAAAUAAUUUUCAGAAGGUGUUUCUUAAGGAUAUCUUUGGCUUUUUUUUUAAUCUUAAAAAAAAAGCCUUUGAAGGUGUAGAAGGGAUAUUUUAUACAGAAUAAACAAUGGCAUUUUAAUAGGCAUUCCCUGUUUUUAUAGGGAGUAUUUGAAAGAUAUUUUUUUUGCAGUUUCUUCAUUUUCACAAAAGCAGAUUAUAUUCUGCUAUCUUUAGUUAUGAGAGGUUGCCGAGCAGUGACCCUUUUGAGCUUCUUUAUCUCUCCAUUACCGAGGACCUUGAUCACUUAGGGAUUUAAUUUUAUAGUACAAACUUCCUGUACAGUUUUUUCUUACAGUCUAAUUAAGUACUAAAAAGUGUCCUUUAAAUUAUGAUAGUUGCAUAUCUACAUGGUUAAAAACACUGUAGAAGGAAUACUCAAUGUCUUCUAAAACUUUUGAUUUUUAAAAGAAUAUUAAAAUACUGAUUUUAACUCUUAUUUAUUUGGAAGACUGUUUCUGUAAGAAAAUUGAAGUUGGAAUAAAGAAAAUUUGCCUUUGAAAGUCAGUGGAGUACCUUUUUCUCCAGAGUAGAACCUAAGUAACAUUUAUGUUUUCCAAAUUAAAUAAAAUAUAAUUAUAAAAUUUCUUUUGACAAACUUAAAAACUUUUUAAUUGACUUAGUCUUAGCGUAUUACAUAUUAAAGUCAAGGACUUUUUCAUGUUUUGCUCUCCAGGAGUAUGCAGAUAUUUUAAACAACUGUUAAACUGUUGUAUUUAGCUAAUUGUAUUGUUCAAAAUACAGGACAUAACAUUGUAUGCUUGAAAGUUCUGGACCAGAUUGAAAGUACAUUCCUUACUCAGGUCAAGUUUAUUUAUAUCCAUUUUUCUGAUUGACGGUUUAUUGUGUCAUUAUUCAGUUGUUCUUUCGGCUUUGACGGCCAUUUGACUGUUGUAGCCCAGAUUAUUGAAUGUUGGCUUUAGCAGUUGGUGAGAGUGGAGGAAGCCAGUUGCUACUGCUGCUGGAGGGCUUAUGUGGUCUGGCCUCUGCCUUACUAUUUCCACCAUCUCUGUGCCUCAGCCCCAGUGAGCUGUUUCAUUACAUUUUUUCAGAUGGGUCCUGUUUCUUGCCUUUUCAGGGGUUUUGUCCAUGCUGCUCCCUUUGCCUAGAAUAUUUUAUCCAGGAUUCUCCACAGCCUGAUUUCUCCUGAUUUACAACAGAAAACCUUAGCCCCAGCUCAGAAGCAUUCUUCCUGUGGAAACUUCCAGACCUUCAGGCUAUAUCAAGUUCUUCUAAAAUUUUUGUGAUCUUGAAAAGCCGUGUAUUUUUCCUUCUUAGUUUACCUCAGCUUAUAAUGAAGAAUUUGUGAUAGUGUGGGUAUGGCUGUCUUUCUCUUCCUUUAGACUGUAAGCUCCAUGAGGGCAGGGACUGUGUCUAUUAUGUUAAUUAUGAUUGUGUUGAUAGUGCCUAGCACAAAGUAAGCACAAAAUAAAUAUUUUUUUGAAUGAUGCAUAAAUAAAAAGGAGAGUAAAAUGGAAUAACCUUUUUGGAGGAUAAAUUGGCAAUAUGAAUAAAAAGACCUAAAAAGGGGAUGAUGGUGGGGCACAUGCCUUUUGGCUUAGCAAUAUCAUUUCUAAUAAUUUAUCCCAAGGAAACCAUCAGACAAAUAUACACAUAAAUGUAUUUUAAGAAGGUAUUUUCAUUGCAAGAUUGCUUUAUAAUAGCCUAAAAUAGGAAACCACCCACGUUUAUAAGAAUAGAUUUGUUAAGUACAUCAUAUCCUAUGCUUAAAGUGAAGUAUUGAACAGUCAUUAAAUGGUUUCAUUAGAGAGCAUUGACAUGGAAUUUGAUGGCAGCAUUAUAUGAAGAUUCAGAAUGCUGCUUUGUUUUUUUUUUUUUAAGAUUUAUUUAUGAGAGGGAGAGAGAGCGUGUACGGGAGAGAAACCCAAGCAGACUCUGCACUGAACGUGGAGCCCAGUAUGGGGCUCAGUCCCAUAACUCUGAGAUCACGACCUGAGGCAAAAUCAAGAGUCAGAUGCUCAACUGACUGAGCCACCUGGGCACCCCCAGAAUGCUGCUAUUUUUAUAAAAACAAAUGUGUCUGAAGGAUAUGUAUGUAAAUGCCUCUGGGCGAUGACUUUCUUUUGGCUUAUUUAUAUUUUCUAAUUUUUCAACAAUAAAUACUGUAGUAGAAGCUUUUAAAAACCCACAAAGAACAAAAUUCAACACAAGUUUGAGUGCUACUUUUGAGGAAAGUGGUAGUUGGUUUUCAGAAAGGAGGAAGGUAGCAGGUAGUGUUUCCCAAAGAACUUUGGGGAUGUAGGUGGGAAUUAACAGGUCCCUGAGUUAGAAAUAGAAUUUGCAUUGACAGGAAAAAAAUUGCAUGUGAAGGGAACCUUGAGAGACAAAAUAGAAUAGAGAAUAGGUUAAGGGCUAAUGAAAUAACACACUUUCUGGUCCCAGUGGUGGCAAAAACAGCUUCAAGGUGUCUGCAAGCUAUCCAUGAUUUCUGGAAUGCCUCAACCUCAGCCUCAUACUCCCUGGCUUCUAACAUUUGCAUGUUCUUGGAGUGCACCAGGGGGAUACUGGGUUUAGGCCCCUAACAGAGAUUUGCUAUCUAGAGGUUAAUAGGGGAAAACUGAUGUUUUGUAAGAAAUACUGAAAAGUCCUUGACAUCAUGCAGGUGGGCCAGACAACCAAACUGUUUACAAAGUUAUUACCACUCAGUCCCAUGAGGUGUUCAUAUAUAAGGUCAUGUACUCAAGUACACAUGUCUUCUCCUUGGUGGAUCUUUAUCAGUCCGACAUAUUGGCAGUGACCCUGCCUAACUCACUCAACUUCCUAAAAUGAUUUUUUACCCCAUACGUUUGACUGCAAAUUGUGUAAUGAAAAUCUGGACAUUCCAGGGCGCCUGGGUGGCUCAGUCGUUGGGCAUCUGCCUUCGGCUCGGGUCAUGGUCCCAGGGUCCUGGGAUGGAGCCCCGCAUCGGGCUCCCUGCUCAGCGGGAAGC